UCUUAGUUAAAACACAAUGUAACAAAUAAAAAGAAAGAGAGGGAGUAGGAUUGAACUCUUUAACGUUAAAAAAAAUUACAUGUCAGAUGCGGGUAACUUACUAUUCUAAAUGAUCACUUCUGCUUUUGCGAUCUAAAUUAAGGUUAAACCUUGACCUUUGUUUAAGGUCAAGAUAACACAACCUUGUUUCCAUCUCUAAUGCACAAAUAGUGUGGUUAGAAAAUGUCAUGACAUUAGAAAUCUAGCACUCUUUUUCUUUGUUACAGGGGAAAUUUGGAGUCAGGGCCCACGUGACUUUAAAAAAAUAUGGUGUAAAUAAUCAGAUGCAGUAUAUAUUGUCUCUGUACUGAAGGAUUCCCUGACGAAUUUGGGGUGGUCCUGUCUUUAUAUUUUUUUGCAGAUGUGGGUCACACGGUGACAAAUGACGGGCUUAAUGCAUGCAUGCUCAUUUUUUUUUUUUUUAAUACUUUUUAUGCAUGUUUAUUUUCUCUUUUUUUUUGUGUGGGGGGUGCUUUUUGGAACCUAUGCAUAUGGAUGGGUUUACACCGGUUUUUUUAGAGAGCUUCAAAGAAUCCUAAAGAGAUCUAAUUUCUGAAGAUAUUAGAUAAAGUUACUGCUAUGUAGUAACAUCCAGAAAUAAAGUUGUAGGAGUACUGGAAAAAGCUAAAGGAGGGGUCUACUGCAUCAUACAUUAACUUUACAUUAGAUCUGCAUAAUCUCUAUGAUAGCAAGUUGCCCCGCUUGCACAUUUUCUUUUGAUUUUAAUAGUCCUCUCUGUAUUUAUUUUACUUGUGAGGAGUACCAUAUCUGGCUUUAUUGUAAAAGACCAAAUUAGCCCGUUCUGUAAUUAGUACCUCUAUAUUCCCCUGAAAUAUUAACUGUAUCCAAUAAACACAAUAAGCAGGACUGUGAAAGAAACAGGAACACUAAAAACAUUCCCUCUCCAUGUGGGGUAAUAGUGCUAAUAGAUUAAACAGGAACUACUUGUUCUAAAUAGUAAUUACCCUUCUUUCACUACUAAUCAUUUUUCUAUUGUAUUUAUUGGUGGGUUUUUGAGAGUCAACCUUUGUACUAAUCUUCACUAUUUAGGGAUGAGGUUAUGUACAUUUAGCAAUUUUAGGCUUUUCUUGAUUUAACAUUCGAUUGCAAUGUGGGAUAAUGUGGAUGGAGUUGGUGGUGAUUGCAUUGUCUUGAGAUUUGAGAAAUAUGAGAUUUGAGAAAUAAUUUUUAGCAAUUUUGGGGAUCCCAUUUACUAGUUGGACUUAAUCAAAGUGAUUCUGAACCUCACUCUUUAUCUGGACGAAGGCCGCAAAUGAUGUUGGUACUUGUUUGUUGAUUAACAUCAGACUAGCAGCUAACAUAUUUUCAUCAGUCUUAUUAGUCUGUUUGGAUGGGGGAAUAGGGAGGGAUACUCUUCCCUUGCUUUCUUUCUCCAUCUAUUCCCUACCUUUCCGUCCAUAAAUGCUAUUCAAACAAAGUUCAUGCUGAUGAUUGUAUCUAUUUUUGGGUUUCUCUGCUUAUUAGAAAUGAUUGAAUGAAUAUUAGCGUAUAUGUUCCUUUAAAUUCUUUGAAUGGUCAAAUAAGAUGGUCCACCUCUGGUCCUCUUGUGCUUUCCUCACCUACUACCCCAUUUUUUUUCCCCUUUUGGAGGGUUUAUGUCGGUUUAUCUUGUGGCUUCAUAAAAUAUUACUAAUUGGUUGUGAUGUUGGGAAUUCUUAUUUGUUUUGAAAGGCCAAAAGUUGGAACAUAAUAUUGGCUUUUGUUUUCGCGUACCCGCCAUUAGAGUUUUGGGGAAUUCUUUUGAGACAUAAUGAUGCAGGGAAUUCAAGGUCUAGGUUUAUGACCAUUGAUGUAGGCUGAUUUUGUAUUAGUAUAUGUUGAUUGUCUCCGUAUGAAGUUAUUUAGAAAUUUGUAAGGAAUUUAUUUAUCAUUAUCCUUGGUUUUGCUUACAUAGGAUUCUACAUGUUCAUAAUCCCAUGGCCUUAUUUGUUUUUAUAAUAUGAACACACAGCUCGAGGAAUCUUGAUAAAUAAAAUAGUCUAUCUAUUGUUUGCUAGUUUGUUCAAUAUACACAAGUGGCAGUGAUCAAGGUGUGCUCGUCUUGUCUUGAUGCCAGAACUUCUGGGAAAUCUUUAAAUAGUACCUGUUCAUAAUAUGUCUGUUCUUGGAAACUCAAACCAGCUUCCUUCCCUUUUCCAGAUUUGAAUUAGCUUCGCUAUGAAGUAUAGAAUCAUAUUUACUUUUUUUUUUUUUGGAGUCAAACACGUGUGAAGUGUACGUGGUAGCAUUGAGAUCGAGAAUUACUGUUUAUUGGCACUACAAGCAUAUAAAUGGAUUCAGUCAAGCGACAUGCAACCACUCCAAGUAAGAGUAGGAUAGCCCGGGCAAUCUCCAAGGUCCUCCAUGUUCGUAUGGUCACUGGGAUUACCCCAUCUGAUGGGCUACAGAGAAUCAAAACAAAAGAGAAGAUCAAGGAAGUAAAACCACAAGAAAAGAUCAGGGAAUCAAAACCUCAUGACAAAACCAGGGAAGUGAAGCCCCAGGAAAAAAUCAAGGCUGAGCUAGUUCAUGUUGUUCACUGCAAGUUGGGUGAGAAACAAGAUGAUGAAGAGCUUGCAGAUAGGAUUGCCCGGGAAGCUGUUCUUGCUAAAACAUUUGCUAGCAUUUCUUCUAUCAAAGCUGCAUAUGCUCAGUUACAGUUUGCACAGUCUCCCUAUGACGCAGAAGGUAUUCAAUCUUCUGACGAGAUGGUGGUCUCUGAGUUGAAGACCUUGUCAGAGGUGAAACAAUGCUUCUUAAAGAAACAGUUUGAUCCAUUCCCUGAGAAGGGUUUACUCGCAUAUGAUUUACAAGAGCAGAAGAACAUGGUCAAAACUUAUGAGAUAACAGGGAAGAAAUUGGAGUAUGAGGUUAAGAUGAAAGAGUCUGAAAUUACAUUCUUGAAGGAGAAACUAGAGGAGUUCAAGAAAGAGAAUCGGUUGAUUGAGAAAAGACUGAAUGCUAGUGGCUCACUCUCUGUCCUCGACAAUCUUCACAUGUCAGGUUUAAGUCCUAAUCAUUUCAUUCCUGUUCUCCGGCAAACAGUAAGAUCCAUUCGUGCUUUUGUGAAGCUAAUGGUCAAUGAGAUGCAGUCUGCCGGGUGGAAUUUGGAGGCAGCGGCCAAUGUUAUCCAUCCCGGUAUUUCAUACUGGAAGCAAGAGCACAGAUGCUUCACAUUUGAGUCAUUUGUAAGCAAAGAAAUGUUUGAUAGUUUCCACAUUCCGAAUUUCGCACUCCCUAACGAAUCUUUACCAGAAAACAAGCAGCGACGAAGGCUAUUUUUCGAGAGAUUCACCGAAUUAAAGUCUGUUAAAGCAAAGGACUAUCUUUGCCAGAAGCCGAAGUCAACAUUUGGAAAGUUUUGCCGGGCUAAAUACUUGAGGCUUGUGCACCCAAAGAUGGAAUCAUCCUUCUCUGGGAACUUGACGCAGAGAAACCUUGUGAAUUCUGGUGAGUACCCAGAAACUACCUUCUUCAACACAUUUGCAGAAAUGGCAAAGAAGGUAUGGCUCCUUCAUUGCUUAGCAUUCUCUUUCGAGCCUGUGGCCUCGAUAUUUCAGUUCAAGAAAGGGUGUCGUUUUUCGGAGGUGUACAUGGAAAGCGUCUCCGACGAGGCAUUCUUACCAGAUUCUGAGCCAUCCGUGGCCUUCACUGUAGUUCCUGGGUUCAAGAUUGGUAAAACAGUUAUUCAGUCACAGGUCUAUCUCUCUGGAGUAUAACACACCUUGGGGAGAAGGAUCUUGUGAUUUGAUCGGAUGGUGUAGAUCUGAUCAAAGACAACGGGAAUAUGACGUGGGCCCGCAAUUGAAGUGGAGGCCAUUGUUAGAUGAUCUUGUUAGGUCCUUGUGGCUCAAUUAUGAAAGAAUAUGAUGUCCCCUUUUUAGUUUACUCGUUGCUGAUAUGCUAGAGUGUGGUGUGGGGACUGAAGCUGCUGUGCAUCAUGGUUACUUGGGCCAUUUUGUCCCUUAAUCUUUGGCUUUUUUAAUUGUUCAAAUGCAAAAAGCGCAAUUGACCGUUGUGGGGGCAUUGGGAAGGGAAAGACUAGUUUAAAAUUUUCUGAUUUCUCAAAGAUUAUCACUUCGCCCAAAUUUUGUUAAUACCUAGGUCGGAGUUGGGCUACUACUCUUUGUACUCGUAAAUCGUAUAAUAUAAGUAUAUUCGUACCA